AUGGUGUCUAUAGACUCCACUCACCGAGGCACGACACGAAAAGGAAGAGGCUUGAGUGUGAAGAAAUGUUUAUAUGCAGUGCUAUGCUUCAGUUGCUGCAUCCUGCUGCUUCCAAUUCUGGCAUCCCUCGUGCUGGAUGCCGAUUCCAUCCAUGCCUAUGUGAAGGAGCCACCCCAGUGGCGACCUAUGGAACCGGCAUCCUUACCCCAGCUGCGUCAUACUGCUAGCAAUAGCAAUGGCAACCAGCAGCAAAAGCGCUACGCCGAAGAAUCCCAACCUCCCGAUGGCACGUUUAAUGGAUUCCCCGUGCAUUUGCGCGUGAUUGACGACAACGAACAACAGCAACCCACCCAUUACUCUCGCGUCCAUUGCGUCGGCGACAAUUAUCAACCCGAUGACGACUGGCUGCAACGAUCGUGUCACUUUUCCAUGUUGUGCUAUGAUUUGGCCGAACGAGAUUUUGUCAUUUUUCAAUCCUAUCGAGAACAAGUGCUCAAUCGGUUCUUGCAAGCUCGUCCUGCCAUGAGUGUCUCGUCAAUCAUGCAUCGCAAAUUCAAUGAAACCACGGCCGUGGCGUUGGGAGGAAUCAACAAAAAAUGGAACUAUGAUAUCAAGACACCCGUAUCGUCGAAAGGAUUCAAGUGGUUCCCACGGGUGCUCAAUGCCACAAAUUCCAUGCAAUACUAUGCCUUGCCCGCCAAUACUGUGUUGGUGCCCUACCAUUCCUUGGCCGCCAAGAAUCCAGGACAUUUGGUUUGGGAUGACUUUUUACCCAUAUACACGCUGCUCACAAUGUUUCAGCUACAAAACAGAGUCCUGAUUCCCCUCCGAGUUCAUUUCAACCACAUCAAACUAUGGUCCUCUUGCGAAAUGUCGGAUCACAAUGAACAUCUCUGUCAAAAAAUGACACUCAAGUUUGCAUCCCUCUUGGUCGGAAAGGACUAUCCCUACAAUUGGACCACCACGGAUACCGUUCACUUUGUACCGUCAUCAUCACAGCAAUCGCAAUCAUCACCACAGUCCAACUAUGUCUGUGCUCCUCGCGGAGCGGCGGGAUUGGGACCUCUCACGGACCACGGAACCAAAAAGUUGCAUGGCUGGAUUCGAGAUGACUACAAAAUCACACACAAUCACGGACGCGGAGCUCUGUUGUACGAAUUUCGAAACUUUAUGCUCCAAAAUCUAGGCUUGCCGCUCCAACCUGUCACCAGCCAACAACAACCAUUCAAGGUGGUCUUUUCCGUCAGUUCCUCCGAUAUCGGCAGUCGCGAUUUGGAUUUUGUCAAGCAAAUCAAUACGCUGCGAGAAAACUUUGAUCCGACCAUCCUUUCCGUGGAAUCCUACGUCAUGAAAGAUUUGACCGUCCCACAACAGGUGCAGAUUGCCAGUGAAGCAGCAUUUUUCAUUACCAUUUGUGGUGGGGGAGCCGUCACGGCCAUGUUCUUGCCCAAGGGUGCCACUGUGAUUUUGUACUAUCUGGAACAUGGUGGAGUCGAGUAUGGACGACCCACUCAUUCCUACGCCUUUUUGGAUUGGGACUUGUUCAACAAUCUAAGUCAUUUGCGGACUCAUUGGUUGCCCACUCAGACCAUGGAUAACCGAAUCGACUUGAGGGCAUUGGUAUUGCUCAUGGAACAAGAAUUGGAAUUGAUGCAAAACGAAAACAUGAUGAUCUGA